AUGGACACUGCAUCUGUGGAUGAAAAAAAUAAAAGUAAAAUACGCCAAUGGGAUUCGUCUGAUGAUAAUUACCUAAAGCUACUAUCAAAUGAUAGCAGAUUAUAUAACUCUAUAUCAAAGUCAUCGCUAAAGCAACCUUCCGUAGAUAAUUACAAACUAUCUAAACCCAAGUAUCAAUGGUUUGAAAGGCCAGAGAAGGAUCCACCUUUGGCUUUAGAUAGUAAAGUCAAGCUACUCUAUCCAAAAGAUACGAAUAACUUGGUUGAUCAAAUUCGUAAUAAAUUAUCUAUAAGUCCACCUAUUAGAUUUCAGAAGUUCCAUUACAAAGACGCUGCUCAAGUGAAUGAGGAAUUGGUCCCUAUUAGGUUGGAUUUUGAUCAAGAUUAUUUGAGAUUAAAAGAAGUAUUCUGUUAUAAUCUCAAAGAGCCACAUAUUACCCCAAAAUUGUUGGCUAUCUCACUAUGUCAUGACUUCGGUUUAAACGAGUAUACUGCAGCACAUCAUAUUGAGAAAGCAAUCAUUGAUCAAUUAGAUGAAUGGAAAUCUAACGUACACGAAUAUUUGAAUAUGCACGGUCCUUCUACUUCAACUAAUGUGGGAUUACUUGAUCAAUCCGAAUUAAAUUGGUGGAAUUCUAUAAAAAACGAUAGCAUACCCGAUGAUAUCAACGUCAAAGAAGAGCUUGAUACUAAUAUAGAUCAGGAACUUGAAGAAGAUAUCAGAAUACUGAUAAAAUUGGAUAUAGUACAUCCACCAAAUCAUCUAAUUGAUCAAUUUGAAUGGCCAUUAUCAACCUCUUUACAAGAGGAUGCCCCUGAAUUAUUCGCAACUAAUUUCGCCCUAGAAUUAGGUCUACCGGGUGAAUUCAUUACAUCAAUUUCUCAUAAUAUACGCGAACAAUCAUCAUUUUAUUUGAAAUCUUUAUCAAAAUUAAAUCACCCGAUUGAUGAGAAGGAUUCACUAUUAAAAAUACCUGAUGAAGACUUCCGUAAAUCAUUCUUGCCCCAGUUGAUAGAUCAUCAAUUGGAAAGGACACCGAGAGAUGCUGCAGAAUUUACACCAAAAUUGGAACCAGUAUCUUCUGAAGAUUUAAUUACUUAUGAAAAAGAUUUAGAAAAGGAUAAUAGAAGGCGUAAAAGAUUACAGAAGAAUCGCAAAACUAAUUCAUCAAUUUUGACACAAGAUAGAGAACCAAUAAAGACUUUCAGGACAUUACCACAGUUCCCUGAAACGUAUAUAUCAGUUCCACAUUCAUUCUUGAAAGAUCAACCAGUAGUUGGAGGAAAUAAUCAAAAUAAUCAACAAUUACCAACUAAUUAUCCAAGACGCGCUGCUGCUGCUAAAGCAAGUUUAAAUAUAUCAACCUCUGCACAAGCGGAAUUGGCAGAUAUUGACAAUAAUCCUGAAGAUGAAGAUUAUGGUGGUGAGGAUAGUCAUUUUGAUAACUUUAAUUCCACUAUGCAAUUUAAUGAAGAGGAGAAUAGAUAUGUUCAAAAGCCUUUACAAAUCCAACCAUUCGAUCAAUCCAAAAUGGCAAUUACCAAGAGACCUCGAUUUAUUCAAGAAGUACCAACUAAGAUUGAUUAUAAUCCUAUACCGAGAUUGAGAGAGGGUGCUAAGAUGUUUACUACUGGUAAUAAUAAAGCAAUGAAAUAUGGACAUGGAAUAGCUUUUAAGAAGGAUCUAUCACCUGGUGUGGAAGUCAAGAAACUUUCAGCUGCUACUAUAAAUAUAUACAGUUACUUCUCAACUGAAAAUCAACAUGAAAAUAUCAUCAAUGGAAUAUGGCAUUGUAGUAAUUGUGGUGUACCUGAAAUGUACGCGAUUGGUAGAAGGAAAGGACCAAUGGGUGAUAAAAGUCUUUGUGGUGAAUGUGGAAAGUAUUUACACAAGAUGCGUAAAAACAAACCAGUAGUUUACAACAAUGACCCUGAAUACCAUAAAGGUUUGAGAGAACAGAUGGAGAGGGAAAAUGAAGAAAGGAAUCAACUCCAAAAGGCGAAUGCACAACGUUAUAGAAAGGAAAUGAAGGCAUCAAGGCAAGCUCAAAAAGUUGCAAAAGAGGCUGAACAACUUGAUUUCUAUAGUAAUUCUCAUAAAAGAAAACAAGAUUUGGAUUUCAGUGAUGAAGAUGAUACAUUUGAAUACAAGAGAGGCAAGAGGAAAUCGAUUGAUGAUGAUGAAGAUGAUGACGAUUACAAUGAAGGUGAAGAAGAGAAAGGCUUACCACAGACACGAUCACAGCGUCAUAGACAAGUGCAAUUACCUCCACAGCCAUCACCUACUAGUAGCCAAUCUGAAGCAUUUGGGGAUACAUCUAAAACGCGUCAAUCACAGUCUACGCCAACUUGGUUAUCAGAAGCAGCCAAGCAACUUCGAUUGAAAUAUCCAAACGAUCAGUUUAUUAUUGUUGAAAAGCCAUCACAAGCUGGUGAAGUUCAAGAGUGGAGAAUAAAAUGUCUUGAUUGUCCAGGAAAGAUGUACACACCUGGUCCUGGAAUGACAGUUGAAAAUUUCGAAAAACACCUUAAGAAUCGCCAACAUAAGCAAAAGUUAAUGGCUAGAUUGGGUAUAACUGAUGGUUUAAGUCCACUGAAUGGACCAAGUACUAGUUUAAGUCCAAUGAGUCAUCCCCAUCAGCAAGGUUUGAAUCCUUUAUCACGACCUUCAUCUAGUCAUCAAACACCAAUGCAAGUCGCUAUGUCACAAGCACCUAGUCAACAAACCGAUAUUCUUGCCGCUGCUAUGCAACAUGCUUCUUCUCAACAUGAUCAGCCAGCACCGCAACAAUCACAAGGUCCUUCGCAAUUAUAUAAUCAAGAACAAUUUAUCAACAUUCCUCACGAUUUACCAAGUGAUCUGUCAAAUGACUUACCAGGUGAUUUACCAAAUUCGCUCGAUAUUUCAAACAUUGAUAUGGAUAUGAUUGGUCUUCCUUCAUUUGAUUUUAAUAGUCAAAAUGACGAUCAAAGUCAAUUCUAAAAGAUUUAAAUUCAAUAAUAAUGUAUUCUUUUUUCU